AUGACUGUUGGCGCGUUUUUGGAACCGCUCGUGGUAGUGACGCUCCUGUUUGGCGGUGCCUGGUUCAACAGAAACAAGGAGUACAGCUUUUGGGAGGGCACGCAAGGCUGGGGUGGCCACAAACGACGAGAUGACGUUGAAAUAAAACGAAGUUCAAGAGAUGGCUUCUCUCCUAGGAGUCCAACAUGGAGCCCGGGUUCCUCUUCGCCAACUCUCUCUGCCGAUGACGAGUCAGUCUGGUCCCUCACGUCGCGACGGCGCAAGAUCCAGUUCUUUGGAUACAAGAGGAUCGUGACAACUCCCAACACACUUGUCUUCAAGGAUCGAUUUUUGAGUCGAGUUCUCCAAAAGUUUCCGUUCUUGAUUGAAGCAUGGUACUGGGCUCUCAUCUAUUGGGGUACUGUCCACGUCGCUCGAAAGCAUGCUCUCCAGGUGAUCCAUCUGGAGCAACGCCUCGGAGUCUUUUGGGAAGUGUCUUUCCAGCAAUGGUUUUUGGGACAUCCAUUUCUGCUGCACUGGAUCAACCCCGCCAUGCCGUCUCUGCAUUUCGGCUACUCGCUCCUUAUUGGGUUGACAGUCGCAACUAUCCCCAUCAAUGGAGUUCGACCCAAUUCGUGGAAGCGGGCCGCCAUAACUGUUCUCGGUCUCUCGUACCCAGCAUUGAUCUUCACAGCCAUCGUGGCAACUGCAAAUCACUUCAUAUUGGACGCCGUUGCUGGAGCAAUUGUCUGUGGCGUUGCAUGGAGCGCAAACGGGCUCUUGUUGAAUCUGUGUGCCCUCGAGGACUAUUUCUUGUGGAUUGUUCGCAUCCACAAGCCCGUCAACUACACUGAUCCAGAGACUGCUGUGGAGCCCGACUAUCAUUCCGUGCUCCUUUCGGAGGAGGCCUGA